AUGCUUUACACCAAGUUAUUAUUCCUUUUCUCUCUCGUGUGUGCCGCUAUUUGCGCAGAUACACCCGCGGGAAAGGUUGCAAAAGUUGCACAUGGAGCUGGUCCAUUGGAUGCUCCAGAUAUUGAGGAGCUGGUCGUGGUUCGUCAAAAGGACAAGUACGUUGCUCGUAGGUAUGGGUCCUACGCAGCCACCAAACAGUCCCCUGUACUGAAUGAGGGUAAUGACGAGCUUUAG